UUAAAUAAUAAAGAAACAGAGCUCGAGCACACUCUCUCCCUGAACUUUCUCUCAACUUUUGCAUUCAAUUAGGCAAGUUUUGGUGCAAAAUUUAGGGAUCUGAAGAAAAAGCAGAGAGCAUGAGUCGGUACCAUCACGAUCCUAAUCCAUUCGAUGAAGAAGAGGUCAAUCCCUUCUCGAAUGGUGCCACUGCUUCUGUAUCAAAGACACGUAUACCUCCUUUGGGACCUGAACCUACUGGAUUUGGGCACAAUGAUGCAACGGUGGACAUUCCACUUGAUACUAUGAAUGAUCCAAAGAAGAAGGAGAAAGAGCUUGCAGCUUGGGAAGCAGAUCUUAAAAGGAGGGAAAAGGAAAUCAAAAGGAGAGAAGAUGCUGUUGCGAAAGCUGGUGUCCCUGCAGAUGAUAAAAACUGGCCUCCAUUUUUCCCCAUCAUCCAUCAUGAUAUAGCAAAUGAAAUACCUAUUCAUGCUCAAAGGCUACAGUAUUUGGCUUUUGCAAGUUGGUUAGGUAUUGUUCUUUGUCUUGUCUUUAAUGUAAUUGCUGUGCUGGUCAAUUGGAUUAGAGGCGGGGGAGUCAAAAUUUUUCUCCUUGCGUCAAUCUAUGCUCUGUCUGGCAUUCCUAUGUCAUAUGUUUUAUGGUAUAGGCCUCUUUAUCGUGCCAUGAGGACAGAUAGUGCAUUGAAGUUUGGCUGGUUUUUCCUGUUUUACCUGGUUCACAUUGGGUUCUGUAUAUUUGCUGCUAUUGCUCCUCCAAUUGUCUUCCAUGGGAAGUCAUUGACUGGCAUACUUCCAGUAAUUGAUGUCAUCUCUGACCAUUUAUUGGUUGGGAUUUUCUACCUAGUGGGCUUUGGCUUGUUUUGCUUGGAAUCUCUUCUUAGCUUGUGGGUUCUCCAGAAAAUUUACAUGUAUUUCAGGGGGCAUAAAUGAGAACAUAAAGGUUUGGUGAUCCCAUUCAAAGUCUGUCUUCAUGUGGCUUCAGUAUAUUCUUUUCUUUGUAUUCUUCUUGUGAUUUUUUCUAGUUAGAGUGCUUAAUGUUGUAAUCUAGGAACUUAUCUAUUAUAUGGUUAAUUUUGUUGUCAUGUGAUAUUGCAUCUAUAAAGCAGUAAAGUUCUUUUUUUCGAA